UUGUUCGUCGGGUAUUACUCGCCCCCUGGCGGUGCUUCUCGACGCGGGUAGUCGUCGGGUUUGCAAUCCCGCCGACGGAAGUUUACGGAGCGUUCAACACAAGCGCGCGACGUCGGCGAAGGAAAGUGAAAAGCGUCGACAGCAUCCGACGCGCCCUCCCCGCCCCCGCACCAACUACUAGCUGCUAGUUAGCGAGUGCGAAUAUUCCUUGUGUGUGCCCGCGCGCGUGUGUGCGUGUGUGUGUGUAUGUGUGUGUGCGUGCGUGUGUGUGUGUAAGUACGCGCGUUUCAGAUCGUCAUCCGUACGACAUGACCAACCACGCCAGUCCUGUAAUGUAAUAGGCAACACCCGCGUUCGUUUCCAUCCGACAUUUUUCGUCUCGCGUUCGCAGCCGUCGCCCGGUCCGGCGCUGGUGGACAUUUUUCUAACUGUGCCAAAAGGUCGUCGCGUCGCCGCAGGGGUGCACGCAUUAGCAAACCAGCUCACGGACAGAGCGAGCGAGCGAGCGAGCGAGCGAGGUCUGCCACGUCCACGCGCGGGCCGACAGAGCGCCAUCAGUCCUCUGUGCGUGCCAGCCCGACGUCGGUGCAUACGCAGGAGACGCCUGCGCCUGAUCUGCGACGGAACAUUGCUCCCUCUCUCUCUCUAUAUAUAUAUUCAUAUAUAUAUAUAUAUAUAUAUUCGGACUCUCUCUCUACAUGCUGAUGUGAGGAGGGCAUGGGAGCCGGAUCUCGGCAGCCACGUACACCAGGCUGCUCUGCGAUGAGUGAGGCGAACCUGAAUGCUUAGCCGACCGCUGUAUGUACUGCGCGCGAGGCGACGCGCCGCCAUCGCCAGUGUCGUCGUCGUCGUCGUCGUCGGGAAACGACCGUAGUGGGUGGCUACAACUAUCGUCGUCGUCGGCACAGCUGAGGUGACUACGAAUAUCACAGGAAGGUAUCUCGUGAGAAGUAGGCCUAGGCAACUUCGAUAUCUAAUAUCUAUAUUUAAUACAAUAAUAACAUUUUUUCCGAAACAUAUUUGGCCCCCUAGCGCCGUCUCACGUAACAGUGGUAAGCCAACGUUCGUCUAUAUCCGCCACCUAACACAUAUUAGUGACUCUUACAUGUGGUAGGAACUACCCUUAAUUCAUCGUCAUCGUCGUCAGCAGCGAUGCCGGCGACACCGAUCUGUAAGUGCAAGGUACGCUACAUCGGCAGUGCCGUGCCGACGCAGACGAAAGACGGGCUACAGGCUCUGCAGCAGCCGCUCGCCGAACGCUACCCUGAGGCGGGAGUCGCCGAGGCCCGCGGCAUCGACGCGUGGCUUAGCGUCUGGAGCAAUGGUAUACUGCUCGAGUACGUGCAGGGCGAGCGCGUGCGCAAGGAUGCGCGCAGCUUCUAUCCGAUAGCGACGCUGCACUACUGCGCAGCCGUGCGCUUCGUGCUCAUCAACAACUUCGAGGGCACCGGCGCAUCCGUGAAGAAAUUCAUCCCGCUCGACUCGAGCUUUGCGGAAAUCUCCAAGGACACGCAUCCGCCGAUCUUCGCCGCCAUCUUGCGUAGGACCACCGGCGUGAAGGUGCUCGAAUGUCACGCGUUCAUCUGCCGCAACGCGGCGGCGGCGAACGCGCUCGUCCGCUGCUGCUUCCACUCGUACGCCGCCAGCAAGUUCGAGGGCGGCGGCCCCGACGCAGGCGCCUUCGCCGAGCGCCCCCUGGCGCCGGCACCUUACAUCGAGCGAGGCGGAUCUAUGUAUGGAUUCCCGAUUCACGGCGACGCGUCGGGCCGCUUCUCGCUGCGUAGUCUGCCGCCGCAGGGUCGGCCGCACCUCGUGCACGCCUUCCCGGACGCGCGCGGGGAGCCACUCUACGCGACGCCGCUCAGCCGCUCCAUGUACAACAUCCCCGAAGAAGGGCUUCGCUACCCGGCGCUGCCGCCGCCCGUGCCGCCGGGUCCCGGAGAACCGUACGUCAUCUACGCACACCCGGAGAGCGUGCGAGCGGGAGGGGAGGGACCGUACAUGGUGACGGGGCUUCCGCCGCCACCGCAACCCGAACUGCUGCGCGAUCGGGCGAUCUAUUCCAGCUCGGAGAGGCUCGUGUGGGCGAACGGGUAUCCGUCACCGAACGGCUCGCCGCGUAACGGACACUUUGCGAGCGCCGGCGAAUCCCUGUCGGCGCACAGCGACUCGGAGAGCCAUCGCGCGGCACCGGAGAGGCUCGUACACGGGGGAGACCCAAGCCAGCGCGGCCGACAGAAGGAACCGGGGGCGGCAGACGCGUCGCCGCCCUCCGACGGCGGCAAGAAGGAAAAGAAGCACAAGCACAAACACAAGCAUAAGCACAAGCACCAUCACAAGGAACGGCGCAGCGUCGAGGAGCCGGCCUACAUGCCGUCGGCGCGCCCUCUCGUUCCGAUGUCAACGUUCGACGUCGAGCGACCGGACCGCUACAGCGCUUACGUGUACCAGGAGGAGCAGGAGCGGCAGAAGCACCACCACCGCAAGCACCGCAAGCACGAGUCGAAGAGCAAGCACCGCAGCAAGAAGGAGAAGAAGCAGCACAAGGAUCGCAUCGUCGAAGAGGAUGCUGCCGCGGAGAACGCCGUCCCCGAGGACAUCCCCGAUCCCAGUCUCUUCCAGCCGAACCCGUCAUCGCAGGGCAUCUACAAGCGAGGCGCCAUCAACGAGAAGCUGUUCGCGAGCUCCAUACAGAUGGAGCAGAGCAGCCGCACGGGCAGUGUGCAGGACGUGCAUGCGGCGGCGGCGGCGACCACGGCGGCGCCCGACAACCCCUACACGGCGAUAGAGCAGAGCAUUCAGCGCGACGUCGAGGAGCGACGUGUCAGCGAGCGCGUCAGACAGAUGUCUCUAGACGAGCAGCAGCAGCAGCAGCGAGGCAACGGCUACGUCGUCGAGACGGGUCGCCCGCCGCCGUCGCCGCCGGGCAGGCCCGGCUCGCCGAGUUUCAACAUCCCCCGCGGCGGCAGCGGCGGCUACGAGGUCGGACGCGGUCACGUGCUUCCACAGGGCUUCCCCUACGGACCCCGGCCGCCAAACGACGGAUACACCCACACCCACCUACCUCCUGGCCGUAACGGCGCGAUGCCACCCCCGGGGCCUAACGGCAUAGGCCCACACCCGGGGCCUAACGGCAUGGGCCCACACCCGGGGCCGAAUGGCAUGGGCCCACACCCGGGGCCUAACGGCAUAGGCCCACACCCGGGGCCUAACGGCAUGGGGCCACCCCCGGGGCCUAACGGCAUGGGGCCACCCCCGGACGGCUACGGACCACCGCAACCGCUAACAAGUUUUGGACCGCCGCCGGAACAUUACAUGCCUCCUGGACCUCGGAACUACCAGCCUCAGUUCUACCCUCCCGCUCACCAGCCCCCGACGCGCGCCGUAAAGGUGGGCCGACCGCCGAAAGAGUAGGUAGCCAACUGCAGCAAGGGGUGCGUUUAGAGGGUAGGCCCCACCCGCGGGGCUGCGUGGCGCAGUAGGUACCCGACCCCCUAAGGGGGGCCGCAUGGUGGAGUCGCUGCACCAAUCCUGAACUGUACAGCGGAAUAGGUGCUCGCCUUCCUGGAAGGCAGGUUAAGCGCCUGCCGGGGCGAUGUGGCAGAGCAGACGCCUCCCCCGGACGAUGUGCUACAGAGGCACGACUAUACGUAACUCGUUUUAACUAAAUAAUGGUAAGAUGGACCGGUCUGCGAUCGCCAGGCGCGCUCGCGAACUCGCUUCGUUAUUUGUAUACGCGAACGAAAAGAGAUCGAGUGGCAAACUAAAACUCUAAUCUGAGUCGGUGCCGAUGUAGGAAUGCGUGUAUAUUUUACUGAUCUAUGUAAGAAUUUCGACGGUUGAGCAAGAGCUGUCGCGGUAGACGCGUAUAUAAAGACGUAAGCUGUCUUGUGCAAUUAAUCAUAGCUGGAAAGUAGACUUUUCCACGCGUUUGAUGACAGCGCCUCAUUCGUUGUUCGAGGGUAUACAUAAUUGUCGCAAACGAUCCGUUAAAGAAAUGUCAAAAAUGUUGCCACACAUAACUGGACACGUUCGAAGGAAUGUUGCCUCCUUUAAUGCCGUCGCCAUCUUGGCGCGAUGUGUUACUUUUUCAAUACGGCGUCGUUUAUAGUAACCCGCUAGAGCGGAAGCUUUGGGUUCGUUUGCUAAAGUACACACACCUACACACGUACUCGUAUAUAUAUAUAUAUAUAUAUAUAUUAAUAUAUAUAUGUGUGU